CAUGGGUUUUGUUUGUCGUGAUCAAUCGGUUGAGAGAGGACGUCAUUGUGUGUGGAUUGCCUUUUUGCAAAAUUUGGAUUUGUGUUUCGAGUUUUUAUUAAUAAUAAAUCAUACUACUACGUACCAACCGCCUAGUAAGUUCCCCCACCCUCCUGGCAUCAACUGACAAUCACUUAAGUACAAAUGGAUGGGAUGGAUGGUUGACUAUGAAAGCAUCCAUUCAGAUGCAAUACAAAGCCAAUAAACAAAGCAUUCAUGGCUCUGGCUCAAUGAUCUUUUCCAAUGAUAAGAUACAACAUCAUUCUCUCAACACCGAAGAAGACGCGCUUUUUCACAAAUCGAACAAAAAAUCCCCAGCCCAAGUCGAACCAAAGCAGCAUGAACUACUCAGCCACACUGACAGCCACAACAUAUGAAAACCAGCGAGAAAUCUCUCUACGCUCGCAGCCCGAGCAGUAGCACGACGCACGGCUACGACAAAGAAAGGCAGGAGAACGUCUCAUAAUCAUUAAAACAGUACGAAGGUAUACACUAAACGCGAAAGUAUAGACAAAAGUGAAAAUAUAUAAUAUCAACAACAAAAGACUGCGACUACCACACAACGAUGGAUAUUUUCAAAAUUAUAUUCGCCAUUGCUCUGAUGAUGGAGAUCUCUUCAGCUGCCCGGGAACCAUCCAGACGACACAAGCUGUUGCAAUAUGUUUUGCCCAAACACAAGCAGUGCAUCCGAAUAUUUAUGAUGUUGCAGGAGCCUUGGCAUCUGAACGUAUUACGUGAUCUCGAAGGCCUAAUCGACGACGAGAGUGGGGAAUAUUCGCCCGUGUACGAUGUGUACAAGGAUUCUAUUGAGGAAUUUUUGGAAGCUUUUAAGGUAUACUCCCGGGACGAUCAGAAUUGUGCCAAGGCUGAGCACCUUGUGGAAACAAUAUCCAAAACAAGGGAGCUCCUCUUUGCAACCGAUGACUCGAAAUUUCAAAAGGUGCUUCAGCGACACACUCUGGACCCACUUGAUGUUUACGAACACCACACCUUGGAGUUCUACGAUCGAUUUGCCAAGGAAUUCCUCAACUAUGAGAGUAGUCUCAGCAAGGCGGAAGAGGAGAAGGAGUCACACCUAAUCAAGUGGUUCGACAGUUUUAUCGAGGAAAAAGACUUCUUGGAGAAAACCCAAAAGUUUGGCAAAUUCUUCGACUUCUUCGAGGACGAAAUGAAAUACGAUACGUCCAUAUGCAAAUGUUUAUUGUGAACAAAGAAAAUUCUACCUAUUUCAAUAAUUUGAUAAAUACCAAUAAAGUGAAGUUAAUAUGAUCACACAAACGAUCGCUUUAUGUA